GACACAACCUCUUCAGAUCAUCCUGGUUAUCUAGUACUUCAUUGAAAAUGGCCAAGGAAAUGAUGAAGUCAGUUGCGCUGUUUAUUCUUCUUUUGAACUUGUGCAUGUAUAUAAUUGUUUGUGCAACUGCUGGGUGGGCACUUAACAAGGCAAUCGAGCAUGAAAUCAUCACAGGGCUGGAAACUCCACUGCCAAACCCAUACUGGGCAGUCUACUUUCCAAUGGGAAAUGCGGCCACUGGAUUCUUCAUAAUCUUUGCGUUGAUAGCAGGAGUGGUGGGAUGUGCUUCGUGCCUUUCUGGGCUUCACCACUUGCGGUCUUGGACAGAAAAUGGCUCGGCCUCUGCUGUCUCUGCUGCUCUCACAGCCUGGGGCCUCACGCUCUUGGCCAUGGGAUUAGCUGGCAAGGAAAUCGACUUACACGGUAGAAACUCCCGUCUGAAAACGGUGGAGUCAUUUGUGAUAAUUCUAUCUGCCACGCAACUGUUGUAUAUACUCGCACUCACUCGCAUUAACACCUCUGUGAGCCCGUAUUAAUAUGUGUGCCGAGAGCACGAAGAUGAAAUGUAUUCUUGUGUUGGGGAUUUGAAGUGCAAGGGAUGGAUUAUCAUUAUGGUGUAUUAUUGUAAACUAUAACAACACCAGAAGUAUUCAUUUGUAUACAUUUUCUUAAUGUAAUAUAUUCAUUUCUCUGUCUCAGAGCUUGUAGUUUUCUAA